GGAUUAAAACCACGACAUACUUUUCACUUUCCGCUCAAAUUCCUUCUAGGGAAAAUUUAAAUAUUAUUGUAACCGGUGCGAUGAGGUAACCAAAUUAAACCGGUUUGGUUACAGUACCGGAUCCAACUAUUUCGGCAAACAAAACCCGCUUGAGAGGAGAGGAAGGAAUCUCUAAUCGUCGAAGGCCUGAGAUUUAGGGUUUUUGCAAUAAUCUAUUCCUUGUUUGUUGAUUUAUCAUCAAAAUCUGAAAUUGAGCAGCUAAUUGCUCGUUUGUUUUUCAUUUAUUUUUUAUAAUCAUCUUCGUUGAAUCUCGAUCUUAGACAUGACUGAGUAUUGGGUCAGCCAAGGUAAUAAAUGGUGCGACUUCUGCAAAAUCUACAUAUCAAACAAUCCUUCCAGCAUUAGGAACCAUGAACUUGGUCAACGUCACAAGGAAAAUGUUUCCAAGAGGCUUGCUUCUACGAGAAAAGAGAAUGCUGAAAAGGAGAAGCAACAGAAGGAAGCAGCGCGCGCCCUUGAGCAAAUUGAAGCUAAAGCUAAGCGUAGCUAUCAGAAGGAUGUUGCAACUUUUAAGGAGGCCAGCAAUGUCCAUGCAUUAGAUAUUCAAGAGGAUGGGAAUGAGGAGUGGGAGCAUGACAACACUUCAGGCUAUUACUACAACAAGAGCACUGGGUUACACUAUGACCCAAAAUCAGGCUUUUAUUAUACUGAUGCCUUAGGCAAGUGGGUGACACAAGAAGAGGCAUAUGCUUCAAUUCAGGUUUCAUCAAGUUCCAAGCUUAAAGAAUCCAGUUUGAAAAAGCCCAUAUUGAUGUCAACAGCAGGUUUAGCAAAGGAAACCAAAAGUGCUGCUCAAAAUGGGCGCCCACCUGGUCCAGUUGUUUCAGCUUCUUUGAACCCUAUGAGAUCUGUUAAAGGCGCUACUUCAGCAGUUGCUGUUAACAAGAGAAAGAGGCAGGAUGAGAAGCCAAAGGUUAUUUCGGAAGAAGAAAAAGUUGCUCUUAAAGCGAGGGAGGCUGCAAAGAAGAGAGUUGAUGAGAGGGAGAAAUCUUUGCUUGGGCUUUACAAACGAUGAUUCGGAAUACCUCAAGCAGGAAUCAUCUCCUGGACACUAGGGACAUAACACGUGAGGAGGUAGCCCAGGUACACAAGUCCAUUAUCCAUAUGACAAAUAACCGUCUAAAUUUCCAUUACCUGGUUCAAACCUUAGACAUGGCAUUCCCAUCCCCUGCUGUGGGGUUUACCUUAAUGUAAAUGUCAUAACUGAAGGAGGAUUUGAUCAAUAUAUGAGAAAAAAAAAACAGUAUUAAGCCCAUUUUUCAUGGGGAAGAUGGCAUGGAUUGAGGUACAUGUAUAACCAUCUGUUAAACUUACAAGAUGGUUGUUAGACGAAGGUAAAAUUUUGUUCGGUUAGUUCCACAAAUACCAAGUGAUGCUGGGAAAAAGGAAAUUCAGCAUUGCCAUGCAGAGCGUAUGGUGGUAACAUUUGCUUGCUAUGGAGUUCAAGAAAAGCAUGGUUGAGGCACACCAGGCCUUAGUUCACCUUCCUUGGGCAGGGUUAAACAAGGAACAACCUAAAUUAAGCACAUAGUUAUGCGCUUAAGGACAUGAGCGAUGGCCAGUCUUUCAUUUCAAGGAAUCAUAAGCAGCAAGGAAAUGCUUUUUACUCACACAGAUAAGGGCCAAGGCCGUAUAUAGCAGGUUCAAGGUAAAAGAACGUUAGCUAUAACCGAUCCCAGAACAAGCGACCUCUGGGAGUCAUAUUAGGAUUCAUCGACCAAGGGGCAGUAGUUUAUUAUUUUACAUCUGGUUUUCUACUAGUAUUAGAUCUUUUGUUAUUAUUUUUUACUUUCUGCCUUUGUGUUUUGGUUUGAACCAUUGACUGGUAUAAUCUAUGUCAAUAAACGAAAUCUGACUACAUAAUAUCAACUCUUAAAAAGUGAAUAUCAUAAUAUGGUUUUAUGUCAUAAUCGUGAAUUGAAGCAUCUUUUCUCCCUCCUAGCAACCUUGCUGUCUAGACCAGCAGCAAGUAUGAGUUCUUCUAAGUUUAGGGCUAAUCCAUUGGAGAUGAGGACUUUUAGCGUCUUAACUCUAAUGAAGAGGAAGAAUAAGAAGAUAGUGAUCAUCUUUUAUUUGAUGAUGGUGAGGAUAAGUUUUUGAAAAACCUAGCUUGGAGAGUCUGGUUUGUGUUUGCUAUUGUGAUCUUUUUGUUUUUCUUCAACUGUAAUGGCAGUUACCAUCUCCUAUCCAGUCCACACUUGUGCAUGUGUGACUUUUGUACAACUAAUCUUUAGCUAUCAUCCUCAUUGUAAUAUUCAGGUAGCUGGCGGUAGAAUUUGGACUUUUGCUAUUGCUAUUUUGCGUUUUUGUUGUGUUUUAGCACUUCUGGUGUGCAUAAUUUACGUUGAACCAGUCUUUGGGUGUAGAUAAUAUUGCUAUUAGAAAAGCAUUAUCUCAAAAAUGUUUAUUAGUUUAUUCGUAAAAACACUUUUUUUUAAACUGUUAUUUCAACCUGAAUCACGAACAGAAUCCUAGCAGUAAUGCCUUCAUUAUAAACUUUUUAUACAUAUUUAUUAAUCUAUGCUUUGUAUUCUUUUGGCAAGCACCACUGCCUAGCCAUAUUCUGUAUGCGUUGAUGUGGCUAGUGCACCUGACAGCUGCGGAGACAUAAACUUCUCCCCUGGGUAUAAUAUCUGAGUAGUCUAGUUUGCAUGAUUAAGAAUGGGAAUGCAGACAAAUAUUCUGAUAUAUUAUUAUAAUCAGAAGUCACUAGAUAGUUGAUGAGCUUCUGUUGCUCUGUUUGAUUGCUUGCUCUCUCUCUCUUAUAU